GUACCUUGUACCUUUAUGACAUUGUUUGAAGUUGUUUAUUGCAAUAUGACAUAGAUAAGACCAAAUGGAAAGCAGUACACUAGCUUAUGUGACUUGUUUUGGAAAAAUAUUCUAAAACUGUUUUCAUAUUUUUUCUUGCAGAUAUGGAACAUUCAAACAUUUGAUCAACAUUUUCCUAUAAUUGUAAUUCAUCAUUGGUAACAAUGAGUGGAGCACGUAACUUAUGUGUUACUUUGUAGCACAUUGCGAAUUGUUUCAAAUUGGACACAUCUCGGAAGGUGUGACUUGUGCGCUACUACUAAGGUGUACAGAAUGGGUCAAACGCGCUCGGGUCUCUCCUACUCCACCCCGGCUCCAGGCAAAGCAAAAUGGAAACCAAUUGAGACAGCCAAACAACUCCCUAUCUGCAGGUUUACCAGUGAUGAGCGAAGGGGUGACCGGUUUUACAGGAAUCGGAUGAAAACGACAAAGUUGCCUUCGCCAGGCACAGGUCAACCGGAGGUAGGGCUGGUAAUCGGAUCUGGAGAUUCGGAAACCCUUCGUGGUCACGAGCAAGGAAAGUUGUUGAGCGGCCAGACAGUGUCGGAGGUAGUGGAUUACACCACCCCGGUCGUCGAAUACCCAUCUGCAAUUCAUUAUGAAAAGAGUCAGGCUCUCGACAGUGACGUUGUGAGCAAGGGAGCGGCCGACUCUUCCUUCGAUGCGACGGGCUUGGAUACACUGGCCAGAGGAUUCGACAGAACCCGCUGCGCAGUUACGCAGCGCAGCGGCCCAGAAACAACGGGAGAGGACUAUGUCUGGAAUGCCCCGGCUAGGGCCAUGGAAAACAAGCCAUUCGGAUUUGAUAAACAGGGUCGGGUUGCCUCCGAGGUCAGGGUGGUAUCGGGGGCUGUACCACCGGAUGGUUCAGUCCAUUGGCGCAUAUCUGGGGAGGAGAAUUUAAGACUGACCCUGGCAUCACAGAGCGUGCGUUUGGACGAACCUCUGACAAGUGGCGUGUCAGAACCGAUAGGGUGUGAUAUGCCACACACAGAGGUAGAAAUGACCAAAUCGAACUUUCUCACUGCUUCUUGUGAACCCGAAGCAGUCAGGAAAAAUGAACAAAGCAGUUGUCCCGUGGAGUCGGGGAAACAGGAGGACCCCUCGAUUAACUCUCCAAAACAGCCACACGGACAGGUCCAAAGUCCACUUGGUAGCCAACGUUUCCCCGGUACUAUCCCAAAGCUUAUUAUAACAAGAGAUCCAAGCCCCAGUCGGACCCAGGAAACACUAGAUCCAAGGACCAUGGAAGUCGGAGUCGGUGGAUCAUCCUUGGAUCCACACGCCGAUGAUGAGUCCCCCUGCUCGGACAGUGGCUGCGGAGGCUCCCCGGCGCUAAUGCGCUUUCACCGAAAGCUCUCCAACUCCUCCUCCGCCGGCUGCUUGUCCUCUGCCUCGUCGUUUGAAGAGUCCGAGGAUGACUUCACCGGCAGCGACAUCGAGUCCAGCCUGUCCCCAGUCAUUUGCAACAUGCUGGGCAGCCCAGACGAAGGCAUGGGGGUGAGUGUGCCGUUCUUUUCUUUUUUAAUGUGCGUAAAAUGUGGUGGAGGUCUGCUGACUAGAGGUUUAUCUUCUGUAUGAAGUUGCAUACAAAAACACCCAGUAGUAUUAUGUUAAACUCUUUGGCUAUAAUCGGUCCUAAAUGUUGGCUAGAAGUGCCAUGGAUGGGCACAUACUUAAACACACAUAGACCUAUUGUUUACUUUCUGCAAACAAAUAAAUAAAGAGCAUUGCACACUCUCUAUAUAUAAUAAUAUGCCAUUUAGCAGACGCUUUUAUAUAAAGCGACUUACAGUCAUGCGUGCAUACAUUUUUUGUGUAUUGGUGGUCCCGGGGAUCGAACCCACUACCUUGGCGUUACAAGCGCCGUGCUCUACCAGCUGAGCUACAGAGGCUAAUAAAACUCCCUGUGAUUUAUUGGGUAAACUACCAACAUUUCAGCAUCACUGUGCCUUCUGGAGGUUUACCCAAUGAAUUACCGGGAGUUAAUAUAGAGUGUGCAACUCUAUUUAUUUUUAUAGCUUGCAGUUUAUUCGCCAUUAGUCAGCACCUCUACACAAAAUAUUAUCACUGGGUGUAUGCCAGCUCAUGCUUUCUAUUAGACUACUUUCUGUAAACACACACACUUCCAUUGUACAGUUGUAGCCUACUGUAUGCUCUCAUGCUAUUGAUAUAAGGCAUAGUCUUUUUCAAUUUAUGCAGAAGAGAUGCACAAUGAUUGAAAUGAUGCCCUAAUGGGCAGAGCAGACAUUCACUGAUAAUGCAUGUUCCAGUACCACAACCCCAUUGUUGUUGAUUUACAGACUGCAUGUCAAUAACACACACACACACACACACACACACACUCAAAAUCACACGUUGGAGACUGAGGAAUUCACAAUUCUCUAUGUCAAUGUUUGUGUCAGAUCUUCUCCUAGCUAAUAUAUCUGUAUCUCACACUUCACACACACAAAGCCGCCAAGCCCAUGUGCUCCUACCACAGGGUGUGUGGUGAAUAUUAGCUCAGUGGCUGCUUCAAGGGUCAAAUAUUUGACCCGCUGACAUAUAUAUGUCGUUUUAGCCUGAAGGAAUUUGGAGUGCAAUUGUAUUUACACAUAGAUCAGUAUGGUGUAAACAAUAUGGUGGAAAUCAGCUGGCCUAUCAGAGGGCUAGGUGAACCUGUGGUGUCGCUUACAUAAUACACCUAAGCCAAUAAAUAGGGCGUUUAUUGGUGAUCAGUGAACCUUUGACUCCUGAGUGACUCUUUACCCAUGACCCCAACCACUAUGACCCUUAGCUGUGAUUGUCACUAAUGAGCUCGGCUUGAUGAACACAGGGUCAUUUGCUGAACCCCAAGUUGUUCUUGUUUUGUCCCGUGUAUGAUCCAGCUCUAACCUUUUUCAGUGGUAAAUGAUGUUUCCCUCCGCAGUCAGAGGCCUUUGAUGUGCCCUGA